UUACAGUGAAGAUGAAGGUUCUCUCAUUCUGCCACAGCUCCAGAGCCAGCUCCCCUCUCCCUCUUGUUUUCUUCCUUACUUGUUAUGUUCGCAAGAUGGAAUCAGCCCAGUUCAGUGUGACUGGUCCUGGUCACCCUGUCACGGCCAUUGUGGGUGAGGACACUGUGUUACCCUGUCACCUGUCCCCCAGGAUUAGCGCUGAGAACAUGGAGGUGAGAUGGUUCCGGUCUGAGUUCCUUUCAUUUGUGCACCUGUAUCAGCAUGGGAAGGAUCAAUACGGGAACCAGAUGCCAGACUAUCGUGGAAGAACAGAGCUUUUGAAAGCUGCCAUCACGGAUGGGAAUGUUUCCUUGCGGAUUCUUAAUAUCAGACCCUCAGAUGAAGGACAAUACAACUGUUUUGUUCAAGAUGGUUCUUUUUAUGAAGAAGCCCCAUUGGAACUGAAGAUAGCAGCUUUGGGCUCCAAUCCUCUCAUCUCUGUGGAGAGUCACCAGGAUGGAGGGAUCCGGGUGGUUUGUCAAUCGGCUGGGUGGUACCCAGAGCCCAAGGUGCUAUGGAGAGAUCGCAGUGGGCAAGAAUUACCAUCACUCUCUGAAGCAAAAUCGCUAGGGGAUAGUGGCCUGUUUGAAACAGAAAAUUCUAUUAUUAUAAAAGAACGUUCAAACCAGAACCUGUCCUGUUGGAUCAGGAACACCUUUCUCAAUCAAGAAAAGGAAUCAACAGUUUAUAUAGCAGAUUUCUUUUUCCCAAGAGUGAAUCCAUGGAUGGUGGCUCUGAGUGUGAUUCUCCCAGUUUUGUUUGGUUUCAUUGGCCUCACUGUUUAUCUAUUUAAAAUAAAAGGGAAACAUCUUGGACAAAUCACUUUGCUCUUGCCUGGGUUCAGCUUAAGCCAGCUGCUCUUCGUCCCAGAGCCCUGGUGUUCCUGCAUUUGCUCAGCUGAGUUCUCAUCCCUCUCUCUGUGUUUGGUUUCAGACUGGAGAAGAAACAUCAUCUGCCCAGGGCUGGGAAGUUCUGCGCCACCUGUACAAGAAGCGAAUGUGACUUUGGAUCCUAACACGGCUCAUCCCGACCUCGUCCUGUCUGAGGAUCAGAAAAGUGUGAGAUGGGGAGACACGCGGCAGCGACUGCCCGACAACCCUGAGAGAUUUGACUCUUGGCCCUGUGUGCUGGGCUGUGAGGGAUUCACCUCGGGGAGACAUUGCUGGGAGGUGGAGGUGGGGGAUGGGCAAUGCUGGGCUGUGGGGGUGGCCAGAAAGUCUGUGGGGAGGAAGGGAUGGAUCAGCUAUAGCCCUGAGGGGGGGAUCUGGGCUGUGCAGCGGUGGGUGGAUCAGUUCUGGGCUCUCACCUCCCCUGUGACCCCCCUGCCCCUGAGCCGGGCCCCCAGCAGGAUCCGGGUUUGUCUGGACUGUGACCAGGGGCAGGUGACAUUUAUCAAUGCUGGUGACGAGGCCCCGAUCUUCACUUUCCCGCCGGGCUCCGUCCCUGGGGGGAGAAUCCGACCCUGGCUCCGGGUGGGGGGAGCCCGGCUCAGACUGUGUCCCUGA